CUUGGAGACAACAAAAUGCUUGGAGAAUUUGACCUUGUUGGUAUUCCUCCUGCUCCCAGAGGUCUUCCUCAGAUUGAGGUCACGUUUGACAUUGAUGCCAAUGGUAUUGUUACCGUCUCUGCCAAAGACAAGUCUACUGGGAAAGAACAACAAAUCACCAUUCGGUCAUCUGGCGGACACUCGGAAGACGAGAUUGAAAAGAUGGUCAAAGAAGCAGAAUUGCACGCUCAGAAAGACCAAGAAAGAAAGGCUCUUAUUGACGUUAGAAAUAGUGCUGACACUACUAUAUAUAGCAUUGAGAAGAGUUUAGGGGAAUACAGAGAGAAGAUUCCCAGUGAAGUGGCCAAAGAAAUUGAGGAUGCAGUUUCGGAUUUGAGAAAGGCGAUAUCUGGGGAUAAUGUUGAUGAAAUUAAGUCUAAGCUUGACGCUGCAAACAAAGCUGUAUCCAAAAUUGGGCAGCACAUGUCAGGUGGUUCUAGUGACGGUUCCUCAGCCGGUGGUUCACAGGGUGGGGACCAGGCUUCAGAGGCAGAGUAUGAGGAGGUCAAGAAGUGA